AUGUCCAGGGCACUUGGUUGGGGGUUCGGGCAACGCACAUCUGACCUCUCGGAAGUUGCUUGCCAUCAGCCAGCAUUCCGUUCCUUAGCACUGAUCUGGCAUGGGAAUUCUAUUAACUGUCAGAACUCUGAUCUGACGAGAGCAACCUACCAAUUCCAAAGCUGGUCCGCUGUAUCAGGUUGCCUGGGGUUUCUCUUGCUGGUUGCUUUCUUCUAUCAGCGGAGUGGAUGCACACGCCCAUUAUAUCAAGUGCAUCAACGCCAGCUUAUGCGCACUUUGCAACAGUUUUCUGUGCAAGCAUUGCUUUCUGGAUGUUUGAAAGUUGCAAGUUCUUCUGAUCCCUACUGA